AUGGCGUUGAGUGAGGUUGAAGCUGGAUUUCGUCAUGAGUUAUCUGAAUCUGGUUUGAACAAUCCUGCGAAAAUCGCUGAAGCUGAAGAAGAACUACUGGUGGAUGAUGAUGGCAAACUCAAAAGGACAGGAACAGUAUGGACCGGCUGUGCCCAUAUAAUCACAACAUCAAUAGGAGCUGGGGUGCUAUCUCUAGCCUGGGCAAUGGCCCAACUCGGAUGGCUUGCCGGCAUUUUCAUCCUCUUGUUCUGCACCUUCACUGCUGGCUACGCUGCCACUCUUUUAGCAGAUUGUUACAGAUUUCCUGACCCAGUUUUAGGCAAGAGAAACUACUCUUAUAUGGAGGCUGUCAAAGUCUAUUUAGGUGGAACAAUGCACAAGAUUGGUGGAUGGAUUUUAUAUUUGGACCUUGCUACCAUUGGAGUUGGCUUCACUAUAACCACGGCAAAGAGCUUGGUGGCUAUACAGAAGUCGAAUUGUCAUCGCAAAAAUGGUGAAGACUCUCCAUGCAUGUUUUCCUACAUUCCACACAUGGUUGGAUUUGCGCUUGUUGAAAUUCUCUUAUCACAGCUCCCUAACUUUCACAAAUUGACUUGGCUCUCUAAGCUUGCUGCCAUUAUGUCUUUUGUCUAUGCAACUAUUGGAAUUGGGCUCUCUCUUGCUAAGAUCAUAUCAGGGGAUGGAGGAAAAACCUUUCUUGCAGGGGAGGACCAGUCGUCGUCAGAAAAAAUUUGGAUGAUGUUUAUAGCAGCCGGAGAUAUUGCAUUUGCUUGCUCGUAUGCUCUUGUCCUGUUUGAAAUCCAAGACACACUGAAGUCAUCACCAGCAGAGAACAAAGUGAUGAAGAAGGUUGUCGUGAUAGGGGGCUUGACUAUGACAGUAUUCUUCAUGAUGUGUAGUAGCUUGGGUUAUGCUGCGUUCGGCAACAAGACACCGGAAAACUUGCUUGCUGGUUUUGGAGAUGAUAUGCCCUGGGCAUUCUGGCUCCUUGAUAUUGCUAAUUUUUGUAUUGUGGUGCACAUAGUUGGUGCAUUUCAGGUACUAUGCCAACCAGUGUUUCGCAUUGUUGAAGUGUUGGCUGGAAGGAGGUGGCCAAAGUCCGAUUUCGUUACCAAAGAGAACCUAGUCAGACUAGGGAACAUGAAGUUUACUAUAAACAUGUUUAGGCUAACAUGGAGAACAUCCUUUGUGGUGUUGGCGACUGUGAUUGCCAUGGCAAUGCCAUUCUUCACAGAUAUGCUUGCGCUCCUUGGAGCCAUCGGUUACUGGCCUCUCAUAGUUUAUAUCCCAAUAGAGAUGCACAUUGUGCAAAACAAGAUUCAGAAAAAAUCGCUUCACUGGUUCGGGCUCCAACUCCUUAGCUUUUUGUGCUUUCUUCUUUCCUUGGCUGCGGCAUCUGGUUCCAUUUAUGGUCUGCAUAAGGGUCUUGGUGCGUACAAGCUCUUCCAAGCUAGAGAGUGA